UGGACUGUACCAUGACAUAAGUUACGGAAGUCCGACAUAUGCAUACGUCCUUCCCAUCGGACGUCCCCAAGUCUCAGGCUACGCUGCGACCCCCAUCUCAUGAGCCUGCAUACUACGAGCAUACCAAACUGCCGCGAUAUUGAGCUACUUACUCGCUCAUACAGAAUCGCUAGUCCCAGAGCGUGCAUUGUGGCUAGUUCGCCAGUGCUAUCCACCACGAAAGAACAUCAUUGCAGGUGCACAGUAUGAACCCAUACAGCGUGCUCAAUGACGAUGUUCUGAAUAUCAUACUCUCGCUCCUACCUCCUUCCGAUGCAGGCAAAUUGGCAUGUACCUGCCGCCUUGCAUACUUCCAUGCGACCCCGCGUUUCCUCUCAGACGUCACGUUGGGCUUACACUUUCAUCGUCGACCCAAAUCGCAGAUCGCUUCAUUCUGCAACUUCGUCCUGGCCGACGUUUCUAAUCGUGUGGACUUCCUCCGGAAGCUCGACCUGCGACGCGAUGCGUUUCCGUGGAUUGAAGUCGAGAUUGCAGGUCCUGUCGGGAAUCCGAGGAGUGGCCGGGCGUACAUGGUCGACUACUCAAUGGCUGGUCUCUUGGCGGAGGUAGUCCAGCAAGCCGUCAGACUGGACGAGGUCUACAUUGCAGGUGCCGACCCGUUGCUGGCGUCUGAGCCACGUUUGGUGGACGCACUAGCAAGUCGGCCACGUCUCCGUCAUCUCUCCCUCGAGAAAUGUGGCUCCGCUAGUCUCGAAUGCAUCUCCCGUCUAUCCGGGGCGGUACGUUCACUCGCCGUCUCUAUCGAUGACCAGUAUGUCCGAGAGAGCUCCCUCUACCACGAUCUCUCGGCAUUCACACGCGUCGCGAAGACGCUCGCAGCGCUGGAGCUUGACGACGCGGUCUUCCUCACAAAUGACCUUGACCCUGAUUUCGUGCUACCCUCGGUGCGUCAGCUCACCCUGCGAGGCUGGGCCGACUUGUCCGAGAUCCUGCACAUCCUCCCUAACCUGCGCGCAUUCCACCUUCACACCUGCCGCUUCAAAGCUGCGCCGCUUUCCUCAUCCCUCGUCGACUUGCCUGACACGCAACUCGACGAGCUCGUCACGGACGCCCCGGUUCCCCUCACAUGUGCCGUGCGUCGCGUCGAGCUCCAGUUCAACGCCUUCCUGCAGCACAACGCGCUCGCGAUGCUCGAGCGCAUGGACCCGGUCGUCCUUUCUUGCCACGCAGGGUGGAGCUUGCCUGCGAGGAGCGUCGCACGGCUCCUUCCGAGUCUGCGCUUCCUCGAGCUGCAUGUGAAGUGGCGGAUCGCCGACGGUGUCCCGGAGUCACCGCGCGAGGCAUGGCUGAUAAGCCUCGUCUCGGUAUUCAGACCGCUGAAACUCACCGGUCUGUGUCUUCGCAUUGGGCCCGGUGUAAUGGUGGAACACGCGACCGCCAUUGACCCAGACGCGCUCGUGCGGGACGUCGCCAGCGCGUGCAAUCACGCCCUGCAGUAUGUCGGUCUGUCGUUCGCCGUUGCUACAUCGUCGACGAUGUGGUGGCGCUGGAUUCGAAUGGAUACUGUAGAGGCUCAUCCGCAACUCGAGCGUUUGGCUGAAUGGGAGGGAGAGCUGAUUGAGCGCCAGUUACGGGAGACGGAGCGGACACGAUGCGAGCCAGGUCCAUGUGAAUCAUCUGGUAUGGAGGGGAUGUGAGCCACCUCAAAUGACAACACUCGCGCGGAGGUGUAGCAGUCGAGUGAUUGACGCUUCACGCUAUAACGAUACUAUACUGAGCCCAAAACCUGUGGAAAGGACAUCGUUCCAACAGG